UGCUGCACCUGUUGCUGCUGACGUACCUGCCGUCGAGGCUGCUGUUGAGACCACACCACAGUCAUGUGAGGUACCUGUUGCAGCGUCAUGAGCCAUGUUCCGUACUUCUGCUUAUUCUUCUUCUCUUUCUGUCUACUUUGGACUACCCAAUUGGCGUUUGGAUUACCUCAAGGCGUUGCUAUUAGCUUGUCACGAUCAUGUCCACGCUUGGUUACGUGUAUACGAUGGGAUCAGGCGUUUUAGGUUUCUUGUCUAUCCUUGUGAUACCUUUACUGCAAGCACAUAGCUGCUCACUUGUUACGCCUGAAUAAUACAAGAAUUUAUUUUCAACAGAUAUUCUAUUGCUGUGAACGCUGACUCUGAUCAUCG